AUGUUUGAAGUGAGCCAAGAUGUGGUCAAAGGCGUCGGGUGUCACCGAGACCGUUGGGAAAUAGCCUUGAUGCAGUUGCGCACUUUGAGUUGUCGUCGGACCCUCAGCGCUGUCAUGAGCGUCGAAGUCGUUGCCACCGAGAAGCCACCAGAACUAAAGCGAGCUACAUGA